AUGGUCGUCUUCUCACUUCUCCCAUGGCCUGCCCGUCGGAUUAUUUGGCCUGCUAGCACACGUAUUUCCAGACGACUGGUGUCCUCGUACUAUAACACGGACGUGGCUGGCCUGAGCGAUGACGAGACAGAAUUUAGGUCUGUUGUUAUAGAAUUCGCACAGAAAGAGAUUGCUCCGCGUGCUGCAGAUAUUGAUAAGUCCAACAAGUUUCCUGUCGAGCUAUUCCCCGCCCUCGGUUCUAUGGGGCUUCUUGGUAUCACUGUCGCACCAAAAUACUCUGGUCUAGGACUGGGAUAUAUGCACCAUCUAUUGGCUAUGGAAGCGUUGUCCGAGGCUUCUGGUAGUGUUGCACUUUCUUACGGCGCUCAUUCCAACCUCUGUGUCAACCAGAUUCAUCGGUGGGGGACAGAAGCGCAAAAGGAGAAAUACCUUCCGGACUUGAUUACAGGUGAAAAGGUUGGUUCCUUGGCGAUGAGCGAAACGGGUAGUGGAAGCGAUGUUGUUAGCAUGCGACUCAAAGCGAACAAGGUGUCUGGAGGGUACAGAUUGAAUGGAAAUAAGUUCUGGAUUACCAAUGGCCCUAUUGCAUCCACCUUUGUCGUCUAUGCUAAGACCGUCCCUCUCGAUGAUCCUAAUCCCUCAAAGGGAAUCACUGCCUUCAUUGUUGAACGUGACUCUGAAGGUUUCUCAACCGGUGAGAAGCUGGACAAGUUUGGAAUGAGAGGGAGCGACACUUGUGAAUUAAUUUUCGAGGACUGUUUUGUACCAGAAGAAAACGUGCUCGGGGAGGUCAACAGGGGCGCCAAAGUCCUGAUGUCGGGCCUGGACCUCGAGAGGCUUGUUUUGAGUGGAGGGCCACUCGGGCUCAUGCAGGCCGCAUUCGACUACGCAGUCGAAUACGUGCACGAGCGGAAGCAAUUUGGGCAGCCCAUAGGAGAGUUCCAGCUCAUGCAAGGAAAGAUAGCAGACAUGUAUACCAAACUCAAUGCCAGCCGGGCCUACGUCUAUGCCGUGGCAAAGGCAUGCGACACCGGAAAAGUCAGCAGAUCUGACUGUGCCGGAGCUAUUCUGUACUCGACGGAGAAAACCGUUGAAGUUGCGCUCGAGGGCAUGCAGUGUCUUGGUGGGAACGGGUACGUGAAUGAUUACCCUAUGGGACGGAUUCUACGCGAUUCGAGGCUUUACACAGUUGGCGCCGGUACCCAGGAAAUUCGACGCAUGCUCAUAGGCCGAGAAUUCAACGCUCAGUUCGCAAAGUCAAGGUCUUAG